GUCGUUGAGCAGCACGGAGCAGUUCGUCUCUUCGCUUUGUGCCACCCGUCCUCCGCCAGCUGCUUUCGCACCUCUGACGGGCACUAAAGGACUCGCGCGCUGUCAGGAACAGCGCAAGUCCGGUCGCGCAGUCUGUUGGCAGCACUGCACCGGUUGAUAGCAAGCGCUUCGGCCACGCCGCGGCGUGAGAGCGUUGCAAGCGAACUGUAGCAAAGAGCGUAGUGCGCGCGUCCGGCAGGUGCAUCAGGCCGGUCUAACAGCGUCGAGAGCCGCAAACAUGUGCGUAGCCGGCGGCGGAAAAGUGUGCGCCCUCGUGCUCGAGGAUGGCACCGUCUUGCAGGGGUUCAACUUCGGAGCACCUGUGGAUUCCCAGGGCGAAGUUGUGUUUCAGACUGGAAUGGUUGGAUACCAGGAAUCCCUUACAGAUCCAUCAUACCAUGCGCAAAUCCUAGUUCUUACAUAUCCUUUGAUUGGCAACUAUGGAGUAACAGAUGAGAGUAAAGAUGAAUUUGAUCUUCCCCAGUGGUUUGAGUCGAGACGUAUAUGGGCAACAGGAUUGGUUGUUGGAGAGCUCUGUGAAACUCCCAGCCAUUGGCGUCAAGUUAGGACACUAUCACAGUGGAUGCAUGAGCAUGGAGUGCCUGGCAUUUGUGGCAUUGAUACAAGAGAAUUGACCAAAAAGAUUAGAGAAAAAGGAUCACUUUUAGGAAAGAUUGUGAUGGGAGUGCCACAGUCCUCUGUUCCUUCGGCUGUGUUGUUUGAGGAUCCCAAUAAAAGAAACCUUGUGAAUGAGGUUUCUAUUGAGAAAGUAAUGACCUUCAGUGCUUCAGCACCAGUGACAAUAUGUGCUGUGGAUUGUGGUUUAAAAUACAAUCAAUUAAGGUGUCUGUUAAAGAGAGGAGUCAGGGUGGAUUUAGUUCCAUGGAACCAUCCACUUGAUGUUGAGAAAUAUGAUGGUCUUUUCCUAAGCAAUGGACCAGGAGAUCCAGAAAUGUGCAAAGAAACCAUAGAAAACAUACAGAAGAUAAUGAAGCAGGAUAAAAUAAAGCCAAUCUUUGGUAUCUGCUUGGGUCACCAGCUGUUAUCACUUGCUGCAGGAUGCAAAGCAUACAAAAUGAAGUAUGGGAACAGGGGACACAACCAGCCUUGUACACAUCAUGGAACAGGUUUAUGCUUUAUGACUUCACAGAAUCAUGGAUUUGCAAUAAAUGUGGAAAAUCUUGCGGAGGGAUGGCUUCCACUGUUCACAAAUACAAAUGAUAAUACAAAUGAAGGUCUAAUUCAUGAAUCGCUCCCAUUCUUUAGUGUACAAUUCCACCCUGAGCACAGCCCAGGACCACAAGAUUUGGAGUGCCUUUUUGAUGCUUUUCUAGAAGCGGUGAAGAUUUGUAAAGAUGGUGGUGCACCAGAUUUAAAAGGCAUUCUGUCUCAGCAGCUACGGCGUCAUAUUACAACUGCACCAUCUGUAUUGCACCCUAGAAAAGUGCUUAUUCUUGGAUCAGGUGGUUUGUCUAUUGGACAAGCCGGUGAAUUUGAUUAUUCAGGCUCACAGGCAAUAAAAGCACUCAAAGAAGAAGGCAUACAGACUGUGCUAAUAAAUCCUAACAUUGCUACAGUGCAGACAUCAAAAGGUCUGGCAGAUAAGGUUUACUUCUUACCAUUAACACCAGAAUAUGUGGAACAGGUUAUCCGCUCGGAAAGACCAGAUGGUGUACUGUUGACAUUUGGUGGGCAGACUGCUCUAAAUUGUGGUGUUGAACUGCAGAGAGGUGGAGUCUUUGACAAAUAUAAUGUUAGAGUUCUUGGCACACCAAUCCAGUCCAUAAUUGAUACAGAGGACCGAAAGAUAUUUGCAGAAAAAAUUAAUCAAAUUGGAGAAAAAGUAGCACCAAGUGCUGCUGUUUAUUCUGUGCAAGAAGCCCUAGAAGCUGCUGAGAGACUAGAAUAUCCUGUUAUGGCCAGAGCAGCAUUUUCACUUGGCGGACUUGGAUCAGGAUUUGCAAAUAACAAAGAGGAACUACGCUGUCUUGCACAGCAAGCUCUUGCUCAUUCUAGUCAACUGAUCAUAGAUAAGUCAUUGAAAGGUUGGAAGGAAGUAGAAUAUGAAGUAGUGAGGGACGCUUACGAUAACUGCAUAACGGUCUGCAACAUGGAAAAUGUCGACCCUCUUGGGAUUCACACAGGAGAAUCCAUUGUUGUAGCCCCUAGCCAGACUUUAACAAACAGAGAGUACAACAUUCUUCGAACAACAGCCAUUAAUGUAAUAAGACAUUUUGGAGUUGUUGGAGAAUGCAAUAUUCAAUAUGCUUUUAACCCAUACUCAGAGGAGUACUACAUUAUUGAGGUAAAUGCUAGACUAUCUCGUAGUUCUGCUUUAGCAAGUAAGGCUACUGGGUAUCCUCUGGCAUAUGUUGCAGCAAAACUAGCCCUAGGUAUUCCGCUGCCAAACAUCAAGAACUCUGUUACUGGUACAACUACUGCUUGCUUCGAACCUAGUCUGGAUUAUUGUGUUGUGAAGAUUCCUCGGUGGGACCUAAGCAAAUUUACAAGAGUUAGCACUAAAAUUGGGAGUUCAAUGAAGAGUGUUGGUGAAGUUAUGGCUGUUGGUCGUAAGUUUGAAGAAGCUUUCCAGAAAGCACUAAGAAUGAUGGAUGAAAGUGUUAUAGGAUUUGACCCUUACGUUAAAGCUAUAUCAGAUGAAGAACUGGAAAAACCUACAGACAAACGAAUGUUUGUGUUAGCAGCAGCACUUAAAGCAGGAUAUACAAUAGAUAGACUGUAUGAUCUCACUAAAAUAGAUCGUUGGUUUCUACAGAAAAUGAAAAAUAUAAUAGAUUUUCAGAUACUGCUCGAGUCUGUUGGACAGGCACAUGUAUAUGAUGUGUUGCUGAAAGCUAAGCAACUUGGAUUUUCUGACAAGCAGAUAGCUACUUUUGUCAAAAGUACAGAGCUAUCAAUAAGGAAGAAAAGAGAAGAAGUAGGAAUAACGCCGUAUGUUAAACAGAUAGACACAGUAGCUGCAGAGUGGCCAGCAUCUACAAAUUAUUUGUAUCUUACUUAUAAUGGGUCUGCUCAUGAUCUAAUCUUUCCAGGUGGACAUACUAUGGUAAUAGGUUCUGGUGUUUAUCGCAUUGGCAGUUCUGUAGAGUUUGAUUGGUGUGCCGUUGGUUGUUUGAGAGAACUUAGGAAACUUGGCAGGAAAACAAUUAUGGUCAAUUAUAACCCAGAAACUGUCAGUACAGAUUAUGACAUGUCUGACAGGCUAUAUUUUGAAGAAAUUUCAUUUGAGGUUGUUAUGGAUAUAUACAACAUUGAAAAUCCAGAAGGCAUCAUUCUCUGUAUGGGUGGACAGCUGCCAAAUAAUAUUGCAAUGGACUUGCAUCGGCAGCAAGCCAGAAUUCUUGGUACUUCUCCGGAGUCUGUAGAUGGUGCGGAAAACAGAUUCAAAUUUUCAAGAAUGCUGGAUCGCAUUGGAAUAUCUCAGCCAAGAUGGAAGGAGUUGACAAACUUGGAGUCUGCAAAAGAAUUUUGUGAAGAAGUUGGCUACCCUUGUUUGGUAAGACCAUCAUAUGUCUUGAGUGGAGCAGCAAUGAAUGUUGCUCACACACCACAGGAUCUUGAGACAUACUUAAAGUCAGCAAGUGAUGUCAGCAAAGAACACCCAGUUGUUAUAUCAAAAUUCCUUCUGGAAGCAAAGGAGAUUGAUGUUGAUGGUGUUGCAUAUGAUGGUAUCAUCCUAUGCCUUGCAGUAUCUGAACAUGUGGAAAAUGCUGGUGUCCAUUCUGGUGAUGCAACACUUGUUACACCACCUCAAGAUAUAAAUCCUCAGACACUGUCUAAAAUAAUGAAUAUAGCGCGCUCGGUUGCUGGUUCUCUUGAGGUUACUGGACCAUUUAACAUGCAACUCAUAGCAAAGGACAAUGAGCUGAAAGUAAUAGAAUGCAAUGUUAGAGUUUCAAGGUCAUUUCCAUUUGUAUCUAAAACAUUGGACUACGAUUUUGUGGCCAUGGCAACUCGAGUAAUCAUAGGAGAACAAGUAGAGCCUGUUGAUGUGUUAAGAGGAUGUGGCAAAGUUGGUGUCAAAGUGCCACAAUUUUCCUUUUCCCGGUUGGCAGGUGCAGAUGUUAUGUUGGGUGUUGAGAUGGCUUCAACUGGGGAAGUGGCUUGCUUUGGUGAAAACAGAUAUGAGGCAUACUUGAAAGCCAUGCUGAGCACUGGGUUCCAAAUCCCUAAGAAUGCAAUACUUCUUUCUGUGGGCAGCUUCAAGCACAAAAUGGAGCUAUUACCCAGUGUCCAGGCUCUCCAGAAUAUGGGUUACAAACUCUAUGCUAGUAUGGGAACAGCUGACUUCUACAUGGAACAUGGUGUAGAUGUGGAGAUGGUGCAGUGGACGUUCGAGGACAUCGACUCGUCGGGCGGCGAGCUGAACCGGCUGUCGGAUUUCCUGGCGCGCAAGCACUUCGACCUGGUGAUCAACCUGCCGAUGCGCAACGGCGGCGCGCGCCGCGUGUCGUCCUUCAUGACGCACGGCUACCGCACGCGCCGGCUCGCCGUCGACUACUCCGUGCCGCUCGUCACCGACGUCAAGUGCGCCAAGCUGCUGGUCGAGGCGAUGCGGAGAAUCGGGCGCGCGGCGCCGCCCAUGAAGACGCACACGGACUGCAUGACGUCGCGGCACAUGGUGCGCCUGCCCGGCUUCAUCGACGUGCACGUGCACGUGCGCGAGCCGGGCGCCACGCACAAGGAGGACUUCGCGUCGGGCACGGCGGCCGCGCUCGCCGGCGGCGUCACUAUGAUCAUGGCCAUGCCAAACACCAACCCUGCCAUCACCGACCACCACUCGUUCACGCUCGUCAAGGAGUUAGCAAGUGCAGGAGCUCGUUGUGACUAUGGAUUAUUCAUUGGUGCUUCAUCGGACAACUAUAGCCUCAUACCAGAGCUCGCUCCAUCAGCAGCUGGACUGAAGAUGUACCUGAAUGAGACUUACACAACCCUAACUUUGAAAGACCUCAGUGUUUGGAUUAAGGUAAAUUUUCUACCUAUCAGCAACAUGUAG